AACCUCUACAGCAGGGCGAUUUUGCGCGUCCCCGUGACUCGCCAUAGAAAACAAAGCUGAACGUCUUCCAUAACAGCUAGGGGUGCAGACUUGAGGAAUAUCCGAAUUUAUUCUGGAUACAUCGUGCUGAAUAUGGAUUUACAGUGGGUGUAGCAUCGUUGGAGACCGAGCCUUCUCGGCUGGGGUGACGGCAGGACAUUAGCGAAACCGACGAAAAUAACAUCAGUGUGUUUUUUUUCUCGGGGUGCUUUGUCUUGUCCACCUAACGAUAGCAAACCAUCAUUCUCGUUUCAAUAGCGAUAUUCAGCUAGUUAUCACUAGCUGCUGCCAGGAUGUAUCAUCAUGUUGUCACCUAAAAGUAACUGCUAGGACGUCGGAUUGUGAAGGAAAAGCAGAAAACCUCGCCGAGGUCCCAACGGGUUGUCACCGGGACCUGAAUCUGUGUUAGCCACAGUCGCAGAACCCACUGUUUUCGGCGAUAUGGCGGAGCAAGGCUACUCAUCUUGGGCGUACUCCCUAGUUGACUCCAGCCAGGUGUCCACCUUCCUCAUCUCCAUCCUUCUCAUCGUCUAUGGCAGCUUCAGGUCAUUAAACAUGGAUUGCGAGAACCAGGAGAAGGAUAAAGACGGUAACCCCUCGACAACAGGGUCUUUCAAUAACAGCAACACAAACAACAGUAUUCAGACUAUAGACUCCACACAGGCCCUGUUCCUGCCCAUAGGAGCCUCUGUGUCUCUGCUAGUUAUGUUUUUCUUCUUUGACUCGGUACAGGUGGUCUUCACCAUCUGCACUGCAGUUCUUGCAACAAUUGCAUUUGCAUUCCUCUUGUUGCCAAUGUGCCAGUAUCUGACCAGACCCUGCUCACCACAGAACAAGAUUUCAUUUGGCUGCUGUGGGCGUUUCACUCUGGCUGAGCUCCUGUCCUUCUCCCUCUCUGUUAUGUUGGUGCUCAUCUGGGUGCUGACUGGACACUGGCUUCUCAUGGACGCUUUAGCCAUGGGCUUGUGUGUUGCCAUGAUAGCCUUUGUGCGGCUCCCCAGUCUGAAGGUGUCUUGCCUGCUGUUGUCAGGACUGCUCAUCUACGAUGUGUUCUGGGUGUUCUUCUCAGCCUACAUCUUCAAUAGUAAUGUGAUGGUCAAAGUUGCCACCCAACCUGCUGAAAAUCCCAUAGAUGUUCUGUCCAGGAAGCUCCACUUGGGGCCUGGGAUGGGUCGCGAUGUCCCCCGCCUCUCGCUACCUGGCAAACUGGUCUUUCCCAGUUCCACAGGAAGUCACUUCUCAAUGCUGGGAAUAGGAGACAUUGUGAUGCCGGGGCUGCUGUUGUGUUUCGUCCUGCGGUAUGACAACUAUAAGAAGCAAGCAACUGGGGAAGUACCAGGUCCUGGUAACAUGUCCGGACGCAUGCAGCGCGUCUCCUAUUUCCACUGCACGCUCAUCGGAUACUUUGUGGGUCUGCUGACUGCCACUGUGGCCUCCAGGAUCCAUCGUGCUGCUCAGCCCGCUCUGCUUUACCUGGUGCCCUUCACCCUGCUGCCUCUGCUCACUAUGGCCUACCUGAAGGGGGAUUUGCGGCGCAUGUGGUCCGAGCCCUUCCAUGCCAAGACCAGCAGCUCCCGUUUCCUGGAGGUAUGAUGCACCCUGGGACAAACGACCAGCGCGGAGAGGACUGCGGUUCCUUUCCCUUAAUUAGAGGGAAGGAGAGAGGGUACACUCACAGUGAGGCCAUGUUGUCAUCACUUGUUCAUGCUUUCCGCCAAACUUCUGUGAAAACCCUCAGAAGGACACCGGUGUGUGGAUCACAACGCCCCAACACGACACAUCUUUGGUUCCCACAUCCUCCCUAUUUCAUCUCUGCUUCCUCUUUUCUGUUUAUUUCCUCUUCAUUACAGCGCAUCCUGCCUGUGCUGUUUUUGUUCUGUCCACCCGCCCCUCUCUUUUUUUUCCUUUUUCUCUCUACUGUAGUUGGUCUCAUUUGCCACUUCGACAGGCCUCUUCUCACUCUGCGUUUCCUGGAAACCCCCACCCCCCCCCUUUUUGUGGACUUACGGUUGUGAGACAUGGCUGGGGUUUAUAUAUAUUUUUUUAGCAUUGUCGUGGUCGUUAUUAUUAUUAAUAUUAUUAUUAUUAUAGAACAAUUUAAACAGACGUUGAAGAGGCGGAGCGUUGCAGUUGCACAGGACAGUGCUCGGGAGCAGCGACACAGUGAAGGAGAAGAGUCUUCCCCCUCCAUCCGUCUCCAUCCUUCUUCCCUGCUUUCUUCAUCUGUUCUCGUCAUCAUCCCUCGACGGUGGCUUCUCCCCAGCGCUCCCGCCCUCCCCAACACUCCCUGCGAGCCCCGCCCUCCUCCUCCUCCUCUGUGUUCAUCUGCUGUCCCCAUUCCCCACCCACACAGAUAACUAUGUAUUUUAUUUAGAAAAGUUUUAUUCUUGGCAUAUACAGAAAUGAUGCAUUAUAAAUUGUUAAGCUGCCCCCAGUGUUUGAGGGGCUGCUUCUAUUUGUAUAUAUGUGUACACACGUAUUUGCGGUAUCUUGAGUUUGUAUUUGUGUUUGAGAGCAUGUUGUAUAGGGUGGGAAACUGACGCCAGCCAGCAGCUCAGUUUUGGUCAAUUUUGGCUUCCAGUGGUGUCGAGUCGACGGUGAGCAUCCAUCAUUCAGAGGUUGUUUUCUCAAGUUUGUUGGUUUGUGCGAUAGAAAUGAAGCUGAUGGAUAUUUGGAAGAGGAAAUAAAAAAAAAAACAUCUUUAUAAGUGGCUGGUUGAUGACAAAGUUAGUUUCCUGCUCUAGUGUUAACGUGUGUGUGUGUGUGUGUGUGUGAGAGAGAGAGAGAGAGAGUGAGAGCGAAACAGAUGAGUGAAUGUUUGUUUUACUUGGUUUUAAUUUGAAAUCAUGAACUUGUUUAAAAACAAUAGUCAGGUUUCCAGUGAGCUGGGCGUGUUGGAUCAAACUCAUAAACACGACGUCUAAUGGAAACAGUUUGUGUUUCAUCUUGUAAAAAUUUACUGAAAACUUAUUCUCAACAGGGGUCAAUUUUCUUUUUUAUCAGUCUUUAUGCGGACAGGUGGAAAUGUAAACAGUGUUUGUUUUUUUUUUUUUCAAAUAAAUGAAUGUUGAAUUAAUUUUAAAGUAUGCUAUAUUGCUUUUCAUCACGAAACCUCAUCAUGCAUCAUGCUGGGUUUUGUACUGAAUUUCUGUUGCGCACAUCAUAAAUCUACACACAUCUAUAGCCGUGGAAACACUAAAAGCAUCUUGUGUCAGCUUUCACAAGUCUAAAAAUGUCUGAGCAUCAUUAUACCAAAUCAGGUUUUAUAUAUUUUGACAGAAGACAAGCACAUCUCAUCUGAACUUUAUAAAUGUCAGUGUUUCACCUCAGUCGAUGAAGACCUGACUAUUGUGAAGGUUUGGACUCAAAGCCUGGAGAUGAGGGUCAGUGGGAUAUGAAGACGUAGUGUGGUUGGAUUCAUAUGUAGUUACAGAUAAAGGAUUCUCUGGGUGGACAGUUGUGUGUGUGUGUGUGUGUUUGUGUUCUAUGUGUGUGCGCACCUAAUUAAAUAACAUCAUUAAGUCUGUUUGGACCUAGGGAGGGGAGAAAAUCAGUUGUGCCCUUCAGAAAUCAAAAAUGAAAAUUAGAAAUUAAAGCUAACCCGUAGGAUGUUUUCGCUUUCAUCAUUUGGUACCAAGAGUCUUACAUCUUUUUUUUUUUUUUUUUUCGUCCUUCCACUGUUCUGUGGUGCUUGUCAGUUAAUAUCUAAUGUAUACUGGAAAAAGCGCGAGUGAGCGCACGGCAGAGAUGUUUGGGUGACGCACUUUGCUGUCUUUUGUUUUUGUUUUCUUUACUUUUUUAUGCUAUCUGGCCGUGCAUGUGAAGUGUACAGUGUAUCAUUUCUCAGACUGCAUUAACAGGGCUACUGCAGUUUCGAGUCUCUGCUGGCCAACGACGAGGCACUGGACCUAUGGGCUUGCGUCAGUGGGUGGGACAAAGGCUGCGGGUCAGAAAGACUGCUAUUGGUCAGCUCUGACCUCCUCUGACUGAUUCACAAAGGCUGAAUAUUAUGACCUGAAUGCUGUCAGGUUGGGACGUCCGGCCUGCCGCUCAAUGCAGUUGUCCACUGGGACAUUAUGGAACCACAAACCCCCAUCACCUCUUCAUGGACAUGGAAAGAAAAUAUAUAGAUUUAUAUACAUAUAUAUAUACAUAUAUGUGUGUGUGUAUAUAUACAUAUAUAAAUAACUGAUGAUGACGAUCAUGGUGAUAACAAAAAAAAAGUUUCUUUUUUAUAGAAAAUGGAUUUCUUUUUAACCCCCUUGUUUGUAAAUGUUUUUUUUCUUUAGUGCUUUAGUUUUUUUAAAUUUUACUUUCCACCUCUUCUCCCCUCCAGCGGAGCACUUCGGCUCUGCUGGUGCAUUGAUAUUACGGCUGAAUGGAUUCUGUAUAGAAAAAUGGUGAAUAAAAAUAAAUUAAGAACUGUGUAGUGAAACAUGAAUCCUGAAGUGCUUGAUCUAAAACACUUUGUCUCCUUUUAACCCCUCCCUCUGCCCUCCCCCCUUCCUUCCCUCCUUGUUCAGGAUUCUGCUGUAAAUAAACAUGACUCUA